GGUUCUUCAAAGCUAAAAGGUUCCCAAAGUUUGGGUGUUUGAGUCUAUCGAAUCAUGGCGUUCCUGCUCAAGAGCUCCGUCGCUUCACAUUUCCGUCAGACGACGAAGAACGAUUCGCUUUCCCUCACGCGCCGCCAGUUCCACGUCGAACCAGGGGCUCGCGAGAAAGCUCUCUUGGCAGCGGACCCGUCUCUAAGACGGUUCAAGUCACAUAAGAAGGGCGUGAUGGCAAUCAAAAGGCUUAGGGAGGUUCUCACAGUUGUUGUUAUUGCUGGUUGCUGCUAUGAAAUAGGCGUAAAAGCAAUGAUGCGGGAGGAGGCUAGGGCACAGGCAAAGGCUUGAGGUGCAGUGUUUCUAAGCCGGAGUUGCAGCAGAAUACCUUACUCACAGUUGCUUUUUUAUGUUACUUCAUGUGCGAGACAAGUUCUUGUACUCAUUGAAGAGGCAGAACAGGUGAUGGAUAGGAUUACUGUAUUAUAAGACGUCUGCUCAUUUUCAAUCCAUUGUUGUCCUCCCCCUUUUUCUCCACUUUUAUCUUUAUUUGAUUUAUCCAACCUCCUUCCUCAAAAUCAGA